AUGCCUUCUCAAGUCACCGACAUCAAGCAAUUCCUCGAGAUUGCGCGCAGAAAGGAUGCCACAGGAGCUCGUCUGAAGAAGUCGUCCAAGUCCAAGGACAUCAAGUUGAAGAUCCGAUGCAGACGAUACCUCUACACCCUGAUCCUCAAGGACUCAGACAAGGCCGAUAAGAUCAAGCAGAGCUUGCCUCCUACCCUGCCGUUCCAGGAAAUCAGCAAGAAGACCAAGAAGAACAAGAAGGCCUAA